GGAUGAAUAUAUUAAUGGCUGAAGAAGUAGUCCGUUAAUAACUUGGAAAACACAGAGAAAGAUAGUGUCUUGAACAAUUUUACGUUUUUAUUGACAUUUUGUGAUACUUUGUGUUUAUUUUCUAAUCUGACAAGUAAAUAAGUGUGUGAUGAAAAGUUUGUUGCUUUGGAUAGGAGUCUGUGUGCUCUUGUUAGCCGUACAGAUCGAAGCAAAUUCGAAAAACACACAGAAAUUCUGGGAUCUGUUUUCAUCUUCAACCAAUGAAGCAGCAUCCUCAAAUAAUCAAGAUGACCUUGUUUUGGAGGAGGAGGGAAGUGGUGUAACACCUGUGAAUCCAGGACAUGAGGAUGACGAAGACAAUGACAUUGAAGACUACUCCGGAGAUGAAUUCCCAGACGUGGACAUUGACGGAAAUGAUGAUGAGGACACAGAUAAUACAGACAUAACUUUUAACGAGAAAGAAAAGGAGAAAGACAAGAAGCCAUUGCCAGUGACGGACGAUGAAGAUGAAGAUGAAGAUGAUCUAAAUGUUGGAAGUGGAAGCGGUGACUUCGAGGCAACAACUACUGAAGAGCCCUCUACAACUGAGGAAGAUAUCGACAUUGACAUCCCAACCACACCAGCCCGGCAGUUGACCCCAUGUGAGAAUCUUCGAAACACAGCCAUGAAUCGUGCAGCCUUUGUUCCUGAUUGUGAAUCUGAUGGAGCCUUCAAGAAGCAGCAGUGUACCGUGGACAUCACUUCGAAGGGGAAAUACUGUUGGUGUGUUGACCCCAAUGGUGUGGAAAUCACUGGCACGCGCAUGUCGGCACCAAAACAUCCUGAUUGUGACUUCGGUGAGAACCUGAGCACAUGCGUGUUCCAGCUCGUGCAGCACAGCCAGGGUCUCCUGGGAGCUUACAAGCCUAAGUGCUCGCUCGCAGGGGAGUACGAGCCCUUGCAGUGCUUUGAGCGAGAGUGUUGGUGCGUCGACAAGAUGGGUAAUGAGAUACCAAAAACACUCCGCAACAGCUCUGCCACAGCAAUGCCCAAUUGUGAAAAUGUCGGGAUGAAAACCCCAGAAGCCACCGAGCCACCGAAAGUCAUCUCAGAAGGCAAGCCCAUCUCUUAUCUCCCACCAGACGAUGAUGUUCCGCCUGUUGUUAUUAGUCCCGGGGAUCCUAAUGAGCCAGAGAUCGUAUUGGAUGAAGAAAGUGGUGGCGAAAACUACAAGGAGAACAACAAUUUGGGCGCGUAUUCCCCGACAAAACAUGAAGAGCAAACCUUACUUGCGAGGCCAGGCCUUUUAGCAGCUGUGAUCGGAGGCGCAGUGGUAGGGUUGUUAUGUAUGGUCCUACUGGUGAUGUUUAUCGUGUACCGUAUGAGGAAAAAGGACGAGGGAAGCUACCCACUCGACGAGCAGAAAUACCAGAAUUAUUCGUACACAAAAGCCCCGGACAAGGAAUUCUAUGCUUGAACAGGUCCGGACAGUGUGUAGUUAAUCUGUAAUCUGUUAUAUGUAAUAAUCAUGAUUACUGAAACUUAUGUUACCAAAUAGUUUUUCGAAUUCUGUUUUUAAUAUGUAAUAAUGACGAAUAUUUGGGAUCGUCAAGUAGAUUUUCGAAAUCAUGAUAAUAUCUUUAUCUGUUAAUCAUCAAUAUAAAAAUCUGUUAAGAUUUUUUUCAAAUACCGGGUAUUUUACUAGACAGGUUUCAAUUUACUGGUCCAGGAAUCUAAUGGACUUUUUAUUUGGUUGUUUAGAAUCAGUUUACUGAACUAGGUGAUUUUUUGUACAAAUACGAGUUUGUGCCAUUUUUAUCCGUUGUACUAACUCACUCACAACAGAACAAGAAGGAGUUGUCUUCUUUGAUUCGUAAGAAUUGUUUUUAGAUAUGAAAAAUUAAGAGUUAAAGAAGUGCUGAUUAUCUCAAAGAUCAUAAGAAAUCGUGUUUUUUGGAUUGCAAGGGUAAAAGAUUGGAUGCUUAAGAUCUGUGACUGUUAUACAAUGCAAUUGGAACAAACAUUGAACAGACCUACAUAGGGCUGAAGGGGACAGAUUCCAAUGAAAAGUAAAGCCAGUAUAACACAGUCAUGGUAGCCCUAUUCACAUUUCUUAUGUAACCAAAGAGUUCGAUCAUUCAAAGAUGAUGUUUCACGGUUUUGUAUACAACACCUGUUGUUUUUCAAUCAUUUGAAGAUUCUGUGUUGUGUAAAACAGUGAAAUAUGCUCUUAAGUGUUUCAAAUCUUUCAUCUUUUCUGGACAAAGAGAUUGUUGUUCUACAUCUCUGCUGUCAAGUUAUUUAAAUAUUAAAAUUUGGUCACAAUGGAAACACAAAUUUAAUUUCACUGCAGAACUUAACAGUUGUAGUUUGAAAAUUGUAAUUUUCUUAGAAAUCUUGUUUCGACUAUUUGACUAGUUUCAUUAAGAGUUAUUUGGGAAUGUGAAUAGAACAGUUAUGACCUUUACCCUAAUGGUCAUAUUGAAAGGUCAAGGUCACUGGAAGACAAUAUAGCAGAUUGUGAUACCUCACGAGUGUAUAUAGAGAAUGGAAAGGCACAGCCAGUUGCACUAGCACAACCAACUGUAUUGAGUCACUAUAUAGCUAUUUAUUAAACAGAAAUUAACGUGUCCCAUGUAACUGAUUUCUUCCGUUCUUUCGAUAUUAGCCAUACACUUUCUUGAACGUUACAGAAUGUGAAAAGGUAUAGAGAUCUGAACUUAGGUUUGACAUUGUGAAUGGAAGGUGGAUUCACAAGUUGACCUUUUUUUGGCUGACUCCUUCGUUGUAAAACAUUCCAUUCAUAAAUAUGGACAAAUAUGAUUACUUGUUGGCAUAGAAAUAGCGUCUGAAGAAAAAUAAGAUGGUUAAAUAGUUUUAUUUCAUAUAUAUGUCUUUUGUCAAAUAUAUAUUUCUCCAUUUAGAUUCAUAAAUUAAAACAAAUUCUGCUGUCACUAUGGGAACAAGAAAUCAACUACAUUUUAAGGCCAUAAGUUCAUAAUCAAGAGAAAUAGAGUUUAAAUUGAAUCAUGUUUACAAUGUGUCUUUGUAUUAUUUUUGUCUUAAAACUGUACCACAAAAGAAAAGGGCUAUAUGUUUGGUGUAUAUUGUAAGAAGUUGUCUGAAUGCCAAGAUUUUUUUGUGCACUGAGUACAAAUGAAUUGUUUUGUCUUAUUUACGCCCCGAGUGGUGUCAUUUCGAACAUAACUUGGUAAAUUGAUGUUACUUUUAUAAAUAGUUGUAUUGAUUUUUUGGGCAAAAUAAGUGGAGAAAUUUUUUCAAACCCAUUAGAAUAGGUUAGUGAUGGUAUGUUAUUUUUUUAUUUGAUAAUUGUAAUUAUCCUGUAUUAUUUGUGUAUAACUACCUCUUAUUUUUAAGAGCCAGCUUUGAAUUAAACUUAUGAAAUCAUGGAACACAGCACUAAGACCGAGAAACAUGCUCCACCAAGUGUAUAUAUGUUGGUGUGUUUUCAAAUGAAAUUGUCAAUGUUUUGUAUGUCGGAGAAGCCUUGUGAUAUAAUGUUUUGUAAUUCAAAUACAAUGUGUUUUUUCUGCUGUUUUGUAUAAAAACUGGAAUGAAAGUGAUUCAUGACACAAAAGCAACGUACAAUUACAGCAUACUCUGAAGAUAUGUUUAACAGUACCAAUAAUUUUAAUAAUUUCAUUUAAUGAGCAGUUAUUUCUAUCGAGCAUGAAAAAGUUUGAUGCGAAUAAAUUUUAAAAUAUAAAGCAUACAAUUUGAAUGAUAAUGGUUGAUAUGCUUAUUAUUGAACAAUAUGUAUGUGAUAUUGUUUUCUUUUCAUUUAAGUGUUGUGAUCUGUCUUCUGCUAUUUUUAUGGUCGAAAAUAUUGCAAAAUUGAAAAUACACUUAAAAUAGCGCAAAAAUGUAUAACGUAAUAAUCAGUGGUGCUUUACACAAGCCACUAUUUUACGUAAAAAAGUAUUCAAAAGAAAAACUAACAAUGGAAUCUGGUAUCAGGAAUUGUUGAGAUAUGUCCAAUCAAAGAUGCUUUUCGAUGUACAUGUAUAUGAAUAUCAAUCAUGUGUCAAAAUUAUAUACUGAACAAAUAUUUGUUGGGGAGUAUAAAAUCAGGACUGCUUAUUCUUGUAAAUAGCUUUAUUGUAAUAAUAUUAUGGAUUGUUAUAUGACACAGAAAAAAAAUGUAGAAACAGUAAUCUUAUUAAUCAUGUAUAAUUUUCUGUGUAAUGUACCAAGCUAUGUUAUUUUUCAUUGUAUAUAGUGUUUGUUAUUCAACAUUACAAAUCAUGAUCAUUUUUUUUUUGCCGCACAAGUGAGAUAACUUGGAUGGUUUUGAGGGGAUCGUUUUUCCCCUGUUGAUGAAAAACAGAAAGAAAAUAUUUUUUAAGUUGGUUGUGUUCUCUUAAUUAGAAAACUUACUGUACUCUGAUCUCGUUUUUCUGAGUUAUAAUCUAUCUUUUAUUUAAAAAAAAAGAGGAAUAAACCAAGCAAUUUUGUUUUAUGAUUAAAGUUUGGUUGUGAAAAGUAUGUUUACUUCUGUAUCAUAAUGAAUUGUUAUUUAAUAUUUUAUGAUUUACAAAGAUAUGACUUUUAUUUUUAUUUGGUUGACUGAAAUCUUAUUUGAUAUGUUUUUUCCCUGACUAUGCAUACAAGGUUAUGUUGUCUAUAUGGAUGACCUUAAUCAACAACUAUGUGGUUAAGUUUGAAUGAAAAGAGUCAAGAUCUUGUAAACAAAACUUUUAUGGCCUGUUUAGUGUGGUCAAAGUUUGGUUGUAAUACAGUAGAAAUAUAUUUCACCUGUAAUCAUAUUUUCAGAACAUCUUCAUUUUAAUUUGGCCAGUUUUAGAAAUAAAAUAUGCUUAUAAGUAAAUAAAAAAAUUAUGUUGUCCAUAGAUACAAUUACCUGUCUUUGAUUUGGUGCAUCUUCAGAUUUGUUGAACAAUUCUAUUUUUAUUUUCUCACUUGAUUUUGAAUAAGCUGUAAACAUAAAAUAAACAUCUUUAAUGGUCUACUUAUGAGCAAUGUGCCCUUCAUAUCAAUGUCUGUACAACAAUUUACAUGACACCAAGGCUCUCGGACUUGAAUACAUGUAUUCAUCAUUACUUAUCUAAUGAAAUGAUAGCAAAACCAUGGAUACACAAAAUCAGGAGUUUGUGUCCACGGCUGGAGCAAUGAUUAUCCAAUUUUUACGUCCUGUCAAUUACAAUUAAAUACUGUGUAAAUUACAAUUGAUAAUCAUGUCAAUAAUAUGAAUUACAAUUAAAUAUCAAUUAUGUCAAUUAAAAUUAAAACUAAUUAUGUCAGUUGCUCCAUUCAGGAAAGUGGAUGCAUUUUAUACUAGUAUGUAUAUACUUACGAUUUUUUUAUUUGUAAAACUAAAUUUUUAAAGUCAUGUUAUAUUUCAUUGGUUGUAUAAUGAUUGUUUGUAUCAUAUAUUUGUUGUAUUGUCACUGAUAAGAAGGGCCACACACAUUGUUGGAUCAAGUUUCUCCUUCUAAAAAUCCAUUUUGUAUUUUGCAUCCAUCCUCAUUUUUGUAUUGUAUGUCAUUAAACAUAUUACACACCCUGUUUGUAUGAGUAUAAGUAGACACAGAAAUGUCCUGUUUAAAUGUCCCUUUUAAAUUUCUGUUGGAAUAUUAUUAUAAUAGUUAUAUAAACUGUUGAUUUACCUAUGUUUUAACUUGAAAAUCAGUUCAUUUUAAAGGUAUUAUUUGGUUAACUUAUUCUGUAUUUGCAUGAACUUGUUCAUAGUGUUAACUAAAAAUUUAAUUUCGAUAAACAGUUACUUCGUACUGUAUUUUAAGUAUUUUUUCUAGUUUCAAAUAAUUGUAUUUAAACUUUUACUGUUCAUUGAUUAAAGACAUUUCUUUAU